UGUUGUUGGCAGAGGCCAGUACUUUGGAGCAAGUUGUGAACGACCUAGGUCGAGUGGACACAUAAUUAUCGCAAGACAUUGAAUGGUGCCCAUGAGGCAUACUUAAUAUACUAAAGUUGUUUCCUUUUGUUGUACCAAAAACAACAGAAAUCAGCGCGAUGUUGGUGCUGGUGCUGAAGGUGACCGCCGUGCUGGUGGCCGUGCGGCUGCUGGUCCGCUGGCUGCGCCGGCCGCGCUCCAACAACCCGUUCGCCAGCGACGCGCGCCAGUCCGUGCGCCCGCUCGUCACCGACCAGAAGGCACGCGAUCGGGUCAUCAAGCAGUCGUUCUCGCCUGACCGCGUGCCGGCCGACCUGGACGCCAUCGUGAUCGGUAGCGGCAUCGGCGGUCUCUCCGUGGCCGCCAUCAUGGCCAAGGCCGGCAAGAAGGUGCUGGUGCUGGAGCAGCACGAUCAGGCCGGCGGCUGCUGCCACACCUUCAUCGACAAGGGCUACGAGUUCGACGUAGGCAUCCACUACAUCGGCAACCUGAACUCGCAGACGUCGGCCAAGACGCUGAUUGACCCAGCUGACCCACGGACAGCUGCAGUGGGCGGCGCUAGACGACGAGUUCGACACGGCCGUGUUCGGCGACAAGCGCUACUCGCUGGUGUCGGGCAGGCGGCGCUGGCUGGAGCACGUCAAGAAGCAGUUCCCCGACGACACGGACGCCGUGGAUCGGCUGUUCGAGGCGGUGGUGAAGUGCAAGAAAGGCGCCAUGGGCAUGGUGCUGGUGAAGAUGCUGCCGGUGUGGCUGAGCCAGCUGCUGCUGCAGACCGGCCUCUUCAACCUCGUCUCAGACGUGUUCAAGCCGAGACGAACAACAAGGAUCUGCAGGCCCUGUUCAUGUACUGCUUCCGGCGACUACGGCACCAGCCCCGACCAGGCGGCUCGUACCCGGUGGGCGGCGCCUCGGAGAUCGCCUUCCACAUGAUCCCCGUCAUCGAGGAGGCCGGCGGCCGGGUGCUGGUGAGAGCCGAGGUGAAGGAGCUGCUGAUGGACGAGCUCCGCAGCACAGUGGUCGGCGUCAAGGUCGCCAAGGGCAGCUCGACCCACGAGAUACGCGCGCCGAUGGUCAUCUCAAACGCAGAGGGGGAUGAGCUGGGAGAGUGGGUGGAGGGAGCGGUGGAGGCGGCGUCUGUUGGCGUGUGA